CCCCAGCAGUUGUGGUGCUUCACUGGCCGGGUGGAGAUGGCCACAGUCACCGUGUCUGAAGACAGCCUGUCCUGUACGAUCUGCCUGGAUUUCUUCACUGCCCCGGCCACUCUGCCCUGUGGGCACAGUUUCUGCCAGGAUUGUAUCAGCAAGAACUGGGACCACCAGCAGCAGCUCAGUCCAGGGCUCUCCAGCUGUCCCAGCUGCCGCAGAUGUUUCACCCCCCGCCCCUCCCUGGACAGGAACACGGUGCUGUGUCAGAUCGUGGAGGGAUUCCUCCAGACCGCUCCCCGGAGGAGCCCCCUGCCCCUGGCCGGUCCCCGGGACGUGCCCUGUGACUCCUGCCCCCGGGACCACAAGCUGAGGGCGGUCAAGUCCUGCCUGGUGUGCUUGACCUCGUACUGCGAGGGUCACCUGCGACCGCACCGGGAGAGCUCGGCAUUCCGGGAACACCGCCUGACCGAGCCGGUCAGCGACGUGGCCCUCAGGAGGUGCCACAAGCACAGGAAGCCCCUGGAGUCCUUCUGCCGCACCGACAGGAGUUGCAUUUGCUGGGUCUGCGCCCUCAUUGAACACGGGGACCACGAAGUCAUCACCGUGGACGAGGAGGCGGCUUGCAGACAGAAACUGAUUACAGCCCGGAAGGUGGAAUUGCAGGAGCAUCUCCAGGCCACAGCCGAUGUGAUUGGAAAAUGGAAGCAAAACAUCGAUUGCAUCCAGGAAUCUGCCCAAAGAGUGAAGAGCAACGUUGUAAGUAAGUUCAACGAGUUACUGAGGGCAGUGGAGAAGGCACAGAGUGAAGCCGUGGAGUUUCUAGAGAGGGAGGAGUUGGAUGAGCUUAACCACGCAGAGGCUGCCAAGAAAGAACUGGAACAGAAAUGGACGCAGCUGAGACAUGAGAAGGUGCGUCUGGAAGCUCUGUCCAAGACCAAUGACAGCAUCCACAUCUCCCAGGAAUCCCUGACUUUUAGUGAGAUCAUGGAGAAUCCUACCUCACCGCCUUCAACAAUUGGUCUGGAAACAAAACUUGGCAAAGUCGAGCGGGCUAUUGCAAGACUGUCGACUCUUAUCAAAGAGCAUUUCCAAUCUGCAUGGAUGAAGAAUCUGGAGAACACAAUUUUUACAGAUGAUGAAGAGAGAAGUUCAAAGCCCCCACUCAGUGCAGCCCCCCAGGAACAACCACUACUCCCUGAAACAGGGCACAGGGAGGACCUGCUGCAGUAUCGCUGUCAGGUAACGUUGGACCCCAGCACGGUCCAAAGGCAACUGUGCCUGAGCGAUGGAAACCAGCAAGUGACUAACAUUUACCCGAGGUCGGAGGACUACGAGGAGUGCUCCGCAAGGUUUGACCUGUGCACCCAGGUGCUGUGUCGGGAGAGUUUGAGCGCUGGCCAGUUUUACUGGGAGGUGGAGCUGAACGACGGCGACGCUAUGAUUGGGAUCACUCACAAGCGGAUCGGGAGGAAAGGAUCGGAAAAUUGCUGUAUCCUCGGCCGGAACGAUUUCUCCUGGUGCAUUGAAUUCUGGUACAAUAACGUGUCAGCCUGGCAUAACAACCAGGAAACUAGGCUGCACGUGGAGAGGUUCGAGAGGAUUGGUUUGUACCUGAACUGCCCAGCUGGUACCCUGUCCUUUUAUGGUGUUUCUGACCAGAUCUCCCUCAUACACCAGUUCCAAGCUACCUUCACUGAACCCAUGCACCCAGCCUUUUGGAUUUACUGUGACACGACUCUCAGCAUUUGCCAGCUCACAUAAUUUCUCAGGCCAUUUCAAAGCACAUUAAAACACAGAAACUGCUUUUUGAAACGUAAUCCUUGUUGCAUUAUAGAAAACGUAGCUACCAAUUUGUGGACAGCAAACUCCCAUGACCAGAUAAUGUGUUUUUGUGAUAUUGAUUGAAGGAUAAGUAUGGGCCUGGACAACGGGGAGAUGUCCCCUGCUCUUCUUUAAAAUAGUGGCCAUGGGAUCUUUGAUGUCCCCACUAAAAGAGCAAACUGUGCCUCAGUUUACAGUCUUAUGUGAAAGGCAGCACCUCAAACAGUGCAGCACUCACUCAGUACUGCACUUAGGAGUGUCAGCUGGGAUUAUCUGGUUGGGAGUAGGUCUUGAGCUACUGCUGAGCUGAAUAUCCAGUGCAAUGAAAUGGAGCUGUACCUCCAGGAUAAAUGGGGGUGACU